AUGUCUCCCUUCCAGAUCCAGUGGUCAGAAGGGCUAGUUGCCCCCCUUGCCAACCCAGGCUGGCAGCACCAAGCUUCCCCAGGGUCUGAAGAUGCCAAGGGCAAGCCCAAGCCUGCAAAUCCCAUGCAAGCUAAGCCGGUGCCAGCUUUUGUCAGACCCUGCCUUCUGGCUUCCAUAGUCGUGAUGAUAUUCCUGCAAAGCCACGACGUCAAUGGGGCUCCAAGGAGGAGGUGCUACCUUCCCAAAACUCCCGAACACCGCGAGGCCUUCAGAACAAUCCGGAACAAAUACGAGGAUUUGAGGUUCAAUGAGGUGGAGCCCUGGAACAACUGCUCCGAGAAGUACCUCCAGCGACCCAAAAUGGAGAAUCUAACAAAAUGGGAGAAGCUGGAAGCCCUGGAGCUGGAACUGAACCUCUUCAUCCCUGUCUUGCAAAACCAGAGUGAGCCCACUUUCUCCAAAGAGACCACGCAGGUCCUGGAUUUCUUGCUGCCUUACAGAGAAAACCUCAAAACCUGUAUACAAGAUAAACCUCCCCACCAUAAGGAGUCUGGCUACCUGUCAAGGUUUAAAGAAGAGCUGCAGAGGUUUAAUACCAGCAACAUUGAGCAAUCUCCCAAGUGCCUCGAAGAAGCAGUGGGACUGAAUAUCUACAGCCUGCUCAAGGAUAUGACUCAAGUCGGCCCCCUCCACCACCAUCAUGGUCAACACCAGCGUCCAGCCAACUGA